CCUCGCCAUGCACGCCGCCUGACUCCCAAACCACAGCUUCCUCUCGCUUUCUGUGAGUAGCCAUGUCACCCUUCGGAAGAAACUUUCUCAAAGCCCGCUUGAAAAACAGGUGUGAGAGCAAGGCGCAGGAGCCCGGGGAGGAGGUGCAAGUGUGGGUGUGUGAGGAGGAGAAGGUAGUGUGCGGGGUGACAAAGCACACCACCUGUGCUGACGUGGUGGAGGCGCUGCUGGAGGACCACCGGACGGCCCCGGAGGAGAGGCGUGUCCUGCAAGGCGAGGCCCGAGAGUACUGCCUCCUGGAGCGCUGGAAGGGCUUCGAGCGCGCCCUGCCCCCCCUCACCAGGAUCCUGCGCCUGUGGAGCGACUGGGGUGACCAGAAGCCCUUCGUGCAGUUCGUCCUGGUGAAGGUCGGCGAGUCUGACCCUUCAUCCUGCAAGAGGUCCUCCAAGCCAAAGGGGGCGCUGCCAAAGUCAAAACAAUGGGAGCAGGGCCCGGCCCAGUACGUGAAGUCUCUGCCUGUGGAGAGGCAGAAGAGGAUGGUGAGGAAGGCCUUCCGGAAGCUGGAGAAGAUUCGGAAGGAGAGGACAGCCCCUCGGGGCGGGGAGGAGGGUGAGGAGGGGAUCAGCAGGCUGGUGCAGCUCAUCAUCUCACAGGAUCACACCAUCAGGCACCAGAUCCAUCGCCUGAGGGAGAUGGACCAGGAGAUCGAGCAGCUGGAGCAGGUGGUCUGUGGCGGCCACGAGUCCCCCGCACCCGAGCGGAGCGAAUCGCCUCGCGCCAGCCUCACCGAGAGCACGGCCGGCCAAUCAGCCGAGAGCCAGCUGCAGGAAUACCUGCACACCAGCGACAGCGUGCAGCAGAUGGAGGCUCAGCUGAAGAAGCACAGGGACCUCAUCGAAAGGCUUUCCCGCGAAAUCGAUGCGGAGAUGAGGAACGUGUGCACAGCGGGCGUGGCGGAGCCGGCAGGGGCGAGCGUGGGCGGGGCCGCAGCAGGCAGGGCGGAGCCGGCGGGGGCGAGCGUGGGCGGGGCCACGGCGAGCGGCGGCGGGGCCGCGGGGGACUGCUGCGACGCCGCGGAGCUGCAAAGGGUGCGGCGGGGGCUGGAGCAGGGCGUGCGGCGGGGGCUGGCUCUGCAGACACAGGUGGCACAGCUGGAGGGAGAGCUGCAGCGGAGUGAGGAGACGCUGAGCUGCAGGAGCCGAGAGUGCGAGGAGCUCGCCACACAGCUGAGCGCGCUGCGUGUCACCACGGCAGCUGGCCGCCCCACGGCAACCAGCCGUACCCCGCCCCGCAGCCCAACCCACACCCUGCCCCACACCCUGCCCCACACCCCGCCUCACACCCUGCCCCACACCCCAACCCACACUCCACCCCACACCCCAACCCUCACCCUGCCCCACACCCUGCCCCACACCCUGCCCCACACCCUGCCUCACACCCUGCCUCACACCCUGCCUCACACCCUGCCCCACACCCCAACCCACACUCCGCCCCACACCCUGCCUCACACCCCAACCCUCACCCUGCCCCACACCCUGCCUCACGCCCCAACCCUCACCCUGCCUCACGCCCCAACCCUCACCCUGCCCCACGCCCUGCCCCACACCCCGCCCCACACCCCAAACCACGCCGACGCCACCGACACCGACUCCGACACCGGAAUAAGCUCCACCCACAGCCAGGACUCGUUGUCCCCCUGUGUGGAUGCCCCUCCCCCGCUGGACACGGACCUGUAAUUGCUGUCAGAGAAACGCCCUGUGAUUGAUCCACACGCCGCUCAGAUAUGCCUGUAAGCUCAACACAAUAUUCCAGCUGCCCCCA